CGCGGCAGCAAGGUUCUAACUCCUCCCACUCCGUCGAGCUUCCUCCUCGACGCUCGUGCCGUGUGUCCGUGACGUGUAUCACCGAGUUGCAGAGCUAGGUGGCUAACAUGAAGCUAGCCGACGAUAUCAAGUGACUCGAGGAAGACGAAUCGGAGAGGGAACCGUCGGUACUUCGGCAGCCAUGGUGCGUCUCUCGCUCGCCGGAGGAGACCGGCGGCACGACAGGAGUAUGACGCGCUUCUUCUUUGUGCUCGCCGCGGUGCUGUUGUUGUCGGUCGGAGUCGCCGCCGAACCGGAGGAGCGCAAACCGGCGCUCGAGGCAGCCCCGCAGGAGAAAGCCCCGAGCCCCCACCCGAUCAGUCCGCUGGUGUCCGAGGAUGGCUCCUCUGGCAAAGGGAACCUGGGCUUCAUCCACGCCUUCGUGGCCUCCAUCUCCGUCAUCAUUGUCUCCGAGCUCGGGGACAAGACGUUCUUCAUCGCGGCCAUCAUGGCGAUGCGCUACAACCGCCUCACCGUGCUGACGGGCGCCAUGCUGGCCCUGGGACUCAUGACCUGCCUCUCUGUGCUGUUUGGCUACGCCACCACCAUCAUACCGAGGAUCUACACCUACUACGUGUCCACCGCUCUGUUCGCCAUCUUUGGUGUGCGCAUGUUGAGGGAGGGGCUUAGGAUGAGUCCCGACGAAGGCCAGGAGGAGCUGGAGGAGGUGCAGGCUGAGAUCAAGAAGAAGGACGAAGAGCUCCAGAGGAGCAAUCUGGCUAACGGGACUACAGAUGUGGAGGCCGGCACCACUUCGCCUCAGGGGAAGUGGCACAGCAUCAUCUCGCCCAUCUUCAUCCAGGCGCUCACGCUCACCUUCCUGGCGGAGUGGGGCGACCGCUCGCAGCUGACCACCAUCAUCCUGGCUGCUCGCGAGGAUCCCUUUGGCGUCGCCGUGGGAGGAACUCUGGGCCACUGCCUGUGCACCGGGCUGGCCGUGGUCGGGGGGAGGAUGAUCGCCCAGAAAAUCUCCGUCCGAACGGUUACGAUCAUCGGAGGGAUCGUUUUUCUGGCCUUCGCCUUCUCCGCCCUCUUCAUCAAGCCGGACGCCGGGUUUUAACCCAAACAAGGAAUUCCAGGUUUUCUCUGUAAAUACGUGUAGGAUUUGUCGGCGUUGCCGUAGAGACGGUUGUUUUGACCAUGUGACCCCCCCCCCCCCCCCCCCCCCAGCUAGCUUCCCCUCCUGGUGGAGGAUGAACAGUCUUUGAAAUAACUAAAUAAUGUGGUAGUGAUCGAUGCCUCAAACACAGAAACUCUUCUGAAGACGUAGAAAGAGACAGAUGUUACAGAUGUGCGCUGGGGGAGAAUGAGACUUUGAGCUUCUGCCUUUACGUUUGUUUGUUUUGCCCCCACGUAUUAAAAUGUGCGUGUGAUGUUUGAUUUGUCACAUUGAGGGAAGAACAGCUGUGAUUGUUUACGGUUCUACUACGGAACCAUUUCACCUCUGUGGGUUUUCUUUCUUCUCUUUAGUUUACUAGUUUUCUUUGAUUAAAAGCAGUAAUUUAAUCUGUUGAUUUAUGCUAUUGAUGAAUUUGAAAUGUCCCUUUUUUUUAAAUCAACGAUGGAGGCACGAAUAUUCUGCUGAUAAUCCUGUUUGUUGUGCGUCAUGGAUAGAACCCUUGGAAUACCAUCAUAGAUUCUUCUGCCCCCAUAAUAUAACAAAUAGUUAAAUCACUUUUUAUCAAGAGAUGAACAUAUUCUAAAUACACUUAACUGAUCUCUCUGCUGCCUCAACGACACCUGAAGACGGCAAAUGUAUUCAUUCAUUUGUUUUACUAUUCAUUUCCUCUUCACGUCACCACAAACCUUGGAAAUGGGAAUGUUUUAGUUUUAAAGGUAAACCGAUUAAGCUCCAUCGUCAAUAUUUGACGGGCUGUGAGAUGUACUUCCUGUUUGUAAAGCUUAUAAAAGUCAGCUGAGUGGAAACACAGAGGGAAUAAACUACAGAACCUUUU